CGGUGCACUGAUCAGAUCGAGGGUCACUUGUGGACGACCGAAGGAACCACACUGAUAAUCGUCGGUGAACUCUACCACAUACAAUCUCUUCUGGGUAUGUGCAGAGAUAGUGGCCUUCAAAUCACACCAACAACAAUAACAACACUCCACCGGCAGAUAAUUGAGUUUCCAUUUAUGGGACGCAACGCGUCACCAUUGCCGCACACAUGUUUCGUUGUGUUGUGAAAUCGGUUCAGUCACUGGGAAGCUCUCGUGUGGUGCCCAUCAGUUUUUAAGUACCGUGUGUCUGUUCGGGGAAAAUGUUGCAAAUUAAUUUGUUGUACGCCCUACCGGUAAUUGCCAUCGUGUUGUAUCUGUACCACCGGCUCACCAGAAACAAUGACUACUUCCUCAGCAAACCAAUCCCUUCGUUGGCUGUGAAACCGAUCUUUGGCAGCGUCGGGCCAUUGAUGUUGCGGAAAGUUUCCUUUGCCGAGUUCAUCCAAUCAAUUUACGAUAAAUUUCCAAAUGCCAAGAUAUUUGGCAUGUUCGAGCUAACCACACCGGUGUUUGUGCUACGCGAUCCGGACCUAAUCAAGCAGCUGACCGUGAAGGACUUCGAUCACUUUGUGGACCACGUCCCAUCGUUCGGGUCGUCCGAUUACGAUCAUCCCAAUCUGGUGGUCGCGAAGUCGCUAUUCACGCUGACCGGUCAGAAGUGGAAAAACAUGCGAGCCACCCUGAGUCCGGCCUUCACCGGAAGCAAGAUGCGGCAGAUGUUCGAGCUGAUCGUGGAGUGUAGCGAGAAUACGGCCCGGAACUUCGAAGAGGAGGCUCGCGCCAAAGGAUGUGCCCAGGAAUACGAAAUGAAGGAUGUCUUCGGACGGUUUGCGAGUGAUGUUAUCGCGACUUGUGCGUUCGGGAUAAAAGUGGACGCCAUCAAGGAUCCGAAAACUGAGUUCUACGUGACUGGGAAGAAAAUGAUGAACUUCAAUCGGUUCAGCAUUAUGCUACGAAUGAUUGGAUAUCGGAUGUUUCCGGCGUUGAUGGCUCGGCUGGGCAUCGACCUAAUCGAUGCGGAGCAUAACAAGUACUUCACGUCGCUUAUUCUGUCAGCAAUCAAAGAUCGCGAAGAUAGAGGUGUCGUUCGGCCGGACAUGAUAAAUCUGCUGAUACAAGCGAAGAAGGGACAAUUGAAGCAUCACCAGGAGAAGGAACAAAACGAAGGAUUCGCUACUGUGCAGGAGUCGGAUGUUGGCAAAGCCCAAAUCUCGUCUACGAUGACCGACAUGGAAAUGGUUGCCCAGUGUUUGAUCUUCUUCCUGGCCGGUUUUGACACGGUAUCAACAUGUCUGCUAUUCCUUACCUAUGAGCUAACAAUCAACCCAGAUGUGCAACGCAAGCUGCACCAGGAAAUAGUUGAAACACAAGCCUCGCUCGGCGGAAAAUCCCUAACAUACGAUGCAAUGCAACGGAUGAAGUACAUGGAUAUGGUCGUAUCGGAAGCCCUGAGGAUGUGGCCACCGUCACCGAGCACGGACCGACUCUGUAUAAAAGAUUACACUGUUGACUGCGGCGAUGGACUCACAUUCACGAUCGACAAAGGGGCAGGAAUCUGGCUACCGACCCACGCGCUGCAUCACGACUCGAAAUAUUUCCCGGAUCCGGAAAAGUUCGAUCCAGAACGCUUCAGCGAUGAUCGCAGGGGUAGUAUCAACUCGGGAGCGUAUCUACCGUUCGGUAUAGGUCCCAGGAAUUGUAUCGGAUCGAGACUCGCUCUGGCGGAAGUGAAGACCAUUGUUUACUAUCUGCUGUUGAGCUUUUCACUCGAGAGAAGUGCCAAGACCGAAGUUCCGCUCGUGUUGGUGAAGGGAUUUGGGGAUGUCACCCCGGAGAAAGGGGUUCAUCUGGAGUUCAGACCACGAAAAUGAAUGGUGACUGAGAAUGUAAAUUUCUGACAAGCAAUAAAUUUUAUUCCAGUGAUUGUUCGAAUUUUUGUAUUCAGAAUCGAA